AUGGCCCUCGCGGCAUCUCCUCCAGUCCUGUGCUUUGUUUUCCCCCCCAUCAUCGACUUAGCGUUCGGCAGGAAUCCUGUGGAUUUUUGGCCCACCGCAUUCAUGGUCCUCGUGUCCGCUGAGUCGGACCACAAGGACCUCUACCUGGACAAGUACAAUCCCGAGCGCCACAGGGACGCCUACUUGGACACCAACGUCCUCGCGAAGUACACGUAUCCGAACGUCGACGAUCUCUGGGGCAUGUGGCUGCACCGCUGGGGCGACCACCUCGUGCGCACCUUCGGCGUGGCCCUGCACCUGCCGGACGGGCAAGCUGCGCGGCUGGCCCUGCCCUACGCGCACCAGGACGUCUGCCUCUUCUCGGAGGGCGCCGGCGGCGCACGUGCCGCACGCGCCGAUCCCGGCCGGGCCCUCUCUGCGCCGAGGACUGUGACACGCACCCAUCGGCGCGUUUCUCCGUCAUUUCUGUUGUCCGGGAGCUUAGCUUUCUCUUCGACAGGAGCACGCGGAUAUGGGAUCCCCGCGGUGGCGAGUCAUGGAUCUUGCUUCGGCCCCUCCAUCUACAGUAUCCAGCCUGGCCUCGGCCAACCUGGGACCUGGCAUGUGCGCGCGUCCUCUCGCUCCCCCCCCUUUGGCGCGCCGCCAGGGUGUACGGCAGGCUCGUGUCGUGAUGACCUGCUCGCGGCGGUGCCUGGCACUGCGCGGGUCGUUCGGCCUUGGGCGACCGGCGACCAUCUGACCGCCAGAUCGUUCCACAUCGGCCGCUUUUGCAGAAGCCCCCUGGCCUUCUGA